AUGCACCGCGCCGGCCCCGCCCCCUUUGCGCGUGCGCAGUCUUCCCGGCGAGGCUGCGAGGCAGAAGGUGAGUUGGGCGAGGGAGCGCGUGUGCCUGGAGGGAUUUUUGGGGGGCACCUUCUUCUUCUUCUUCCCUGCAAAACGGGGGGGGGCAUCAGAGGGGGCCCUGAGGCCCGGGUCCGGGGUGCAAAUGGGCAGCAGGGGUGGGGUGGGGGGUCGGGAGGGGGGCUGCCCUCCUGGGGAGUUCGCUUUCAAGGUUCUAGUCCUCAAGGAGGAGCAGGGAAAUUCAGGGAGGAGGAGGAGGAGGAGAGGGGCUGUCGGAGGCUGCAAGCCCCUGGGGCUGUGCUCUGCUCCCCACCGUGCAGGGCCAGAUUUAGGCAUCAUCAUAAUCAUAAUAAUUCAUAAUAAUUUUAUUUAUACCCUGCCCUCCCCGGGCAGAGCCGGUCUCAGGGCAGCUAACACCAGUAAAAGUACAGUAAAAACAUAAUAGGGGGGACCCCCCCCCCCCAAUUUAAAGUACAGGUUAAAAUGCAAUUUAAAAUGCAGCCCAUAGUAUAAGCUAAGCAAGCUAUAGCUUAGGGGCUCACUCUCUUGGGCCCCCCCCAAAAUUAAAGGAUAAAAUAGUAAUCUGGAUACACAUUUCCAAAAUACAGGGUAAAAAAACAAAUAAAAUCAAACCUACAUCCAGCAACAGUGUUUUGUAGGCUCACAUGAUGUAAGUCAUGGGCCCCACCUGCUCCCUAAAAUAUCACCGGUUUGCUCAUUUCUAUAUAUAGGGUGCUGAUAUUUGGCAUGGACUUUGCAUGGACUUUUCAACAAUUACUUUGAUAAAAUACCUAUUUUGUGAUGUGCAAAUGGUCUUAGAUACAUACCUAUUAGGUCAAAAAACAAGUACAUUAAUAAUUUUUAAAAGGCAUUUAUAAAAUCUUUUGAGUGCUGGUGUAUUUUCCCCCUGAAAUCCUCAUCAUUUUAUUGAGCCCUGUGUAAAAUUUCAAAGAGAUCUGGUUAUUGGUUAUGGAGAAAAAUAAAAUAAAAUGUACACAAGGGUAUCUUGUGCCGAGGGUCUUGUGUCGAGAGGGGCACACAAUGCAGAUUUAACGAAACUUCGAAGUGCUAUAAAAUUAAAACCGUUUGAGAUAGAGGGAAAAAAUUUAAGGGGGUUUCUUUCAACCACAAGGGAAGGGUGCAGGACAAGUUUCAUCAAAAUCUGAGAUGAUUUUGGGGUGACGAAACCCUUGUUUUUUUGCAUUGAUUUGAUGUGGAAUGACCCCUUUGUCGCUGCACCCCAUUAUAUUUUAAACUUAGAGAGGCCUAUGAACACACAUCUUAUUUCAAUGAACUGACUUUUGUGCAACUUCCGAAAGCUUUUACAGAGUUACAAUUAAAUAUAAUAAACUCUGCUUAUAGAGAUGGGAGACACAGAGGCAGACCAACAAAUGAACGCGUUUGCAUUAGGGGAUGUCCUGAGGACCUUAUGCAUUAUAUCUUUUGCUGCCUCUUAUAUAAUGAAGCAAGAGAACGAUUUUUAGCACCUAUAAUGACAAGCUCCCCUGGCCACAACCCCUCUGACUUGAUUUUAUAUCUCCUCGCAGACACAGAUGAGUAUGUGACCUGGUGUGUAGCACUCUUUGCAACUGCCGCUAGGAAAACUAGAGCAAAUUAUAUAGCCACCAACUGUAAAGGAGAUGAAUUUAUUUGACCCUGUCUACAUCAAGCUAUAUUCUAUCUUUAUCACCAAACUCUGAAUAUAAUUGCACAUUGAUUAAUUAACAUUAUUUCUUAAUACAUUAGUGGCCAUGUGAUAAUUUUAGCUUAUAAAUUUUAUUGUUUAAUGUCUUAACUUGUAUAUGAAGGUACUUUUACAGCUCUGUUUAGAGCAGGCAAUGUCUUGAUAAUAUAAUUUUUUUUGGUAUUAAUCCAGUAUAUUUUCUUUUAAUUGCUGAAUGAUUCUGUGUACAUUGUGGCAGCCUUUGGCUAUGUGCAAUAAAACGGACAGAUGCAAUACGAGAUAAACCUAAAAAAUUGGUGAAAGAAGAAUGGGAAUGUUUAAAUAAUUAUUUAGUGGACAAGGGCUCAACCAGAAAGACCUGGCUAUGUUUAGAAUGAUACCGCAUAGAGAAAUGCUCCCUGAUACCAAGAUGAGGGAUUCCUUUGGAAUGCAGAUAGAGAGAAUUAAUAAGAAUAAUGAUCUGUUGUGAACUUGACGGAAGUGCACAAUAGAUGAGCUUUCCUGUUUUGGCUCAUAGAAUCAUAGAAUCCUAGAGUUGGAAGAGACCACAAGGGCCAUCGAGUCCAACCCCCUGCCAAGCAGGAAACACCAUCAGAGCACUCCUGACAUAUGGUUGUCAAGCCUCUGCUUAAAGACCUCCAAAGAAGGAGACUCCACCACACUCCUUGGCAGCAAAUUCCACUGUCAAACAGCUCUUACUGUCAGGAAGUUCUUCCUAAUGUUGAGGUGGAAUCUUCUUUCUUGUAGUUUGGAUCCAUUGCUCCGUGUCCGCUUCUCUGGAGCAGCAGAAAACAACCUUUCUCCCUCCUCUAUGUGACAUCCUUUUAUAUAUUUGAACAUGGCUAUCAUAUCACCCCUUAACCUCCUCUUCUCCAGGCUAAACAUGCCCAGCUCCCUUAGCCGUUCCUCAUAAGGCAUCGUUUCCAGGCCUUUGACCAUUUUGGUUGCCCUCCUCUGGACACGUUCCAGUUUGUCAGUGUCCUUCUUGAACUGUGGUGCCCAGAACUGGACACAGUACUCCAGGUGAGGUCUGACCAGAGCAGAAUACAGUGGCACUAUUACUUCCCUUGAUCUAGAUGCUAUACUCCUAUUGAUGCGGCCCAGAAUUGCAUUGGCUUUUUUAGCUGCCGCUAAAAAAGCCAUCUUCCCUUUUUCUUUUCUUCCCCCCUUCUUUUUUCCUUUUUCCUUUUCUUUUCCUUUCCCAUAGUGGCUUAUGUUUUAUGCCAUGUACUUUGAUAUUUUUUGUAGUUUUUUAGUUUUUCCCCAUUACUAUUAUUAAGGAAUUUUCUUUUGUAAUUUUGGUUGUCUCUAUUUAUAUGUACUUGUUUAACACAAAAUAAAAGUAUUUAAAAAACCCACAACGGACUGACUGACCUCCCUGAGCCUCCCUUUCCUCGCAGGGACCAUGAGGCUCUCCGUCCUCCUUGCCGCAGCGGAGAAAUUCAAGCCGCACCCCGGCUACCGCUAUGGCAUGAACCGGCCCGGCUCGGUCGCUGACAAGGCCAAGAACCCUCCGUGGGUCUGGCGGAAGAAGAUCCCCGUGGAGCCCAUCAAAGACGAGGACUGGAAGUUCUUCAAGGGCGACACGGUGAGGUCUCAACCUGCUCUCAGCUACCCGCUUUGUCUGUGCCCACUCGCUUCCGCAAUGCCCGCCUCCCAAGGCUUGACCGCUACCAUGGGAACUCUGUGGGGCAGCCCUUGGAGGUCAGGAUCCAGAACGGUCCCUUGCUUGCCCCCAAACGGGGCAGCCAACCCAACCGGGAGUCUUCCCUUCCUGCCGACCCCCAUCCCCACGUGCCAUGCCUUUCUCUCGUCCUUUUAGGUCCAGAUUCUGAAGGGGAAGGACUUGGGCAAGCAAGGGAUGGUCUCCCAGGUGAUCCGAGAGCGGAACUGGGUUGUUCUGGAGGGCCUGAAUGUGGUAAGUGAUGAUGAUGAUGGUGGUGCCCUUGGGCUCCCCCCCUCCAGGAGAGAAGUGGGGUGUUCUGGGGGCUUUGGCACACUGAGACCCUUAUGUGCUCUUUGGCUCAGCCUUCUCGGUGGUGGCCCCUGCCCUGUGGAACGCCCUCCCACCAGAUGUCGAAGAGAACAACAACUACCAGACUUUUAGAAGACAUCUGAAGGCAGCCCUGUUUAGAGAAGCUUUAAAUGUUUGAUGCAUUACAGUAUUUUAAUAUUUUGUUGGAAGCUGCCCAGAGUGGCUGGGGAAGCCUAGCCAGAUGGGUGGGGUAUAAAUUAUAAAUUAUUAUUCCUUCCCUCCCCUUUCCGGUAGCACUACCGAUACACGGGCAAGUCCGGCGCCUACGGUGGGAUGUACAUGGCCAGUGAGGGUCCACUGCUGAUCAACUGGGUGUCCCUGGUCGACCCCACUGACAGGUAAGGGGGCAGGGCAAAAGAAUUUGCCCCUUGAUCACCAUUCCUGAAUUCGUUGCUUGUGAUCCCUGCGUGGCCAAGGGUUGGACUUCAGGGGCCAGCAAACUUUUCCAGCAGGGGUUUGGUCCACUGUCGCUCAGACCUUGUGGGGGGCCGGGCUAUAUUUUGGGGGAAAAAAUAAAUGAAGGAAUUCCUAUGCCCCACAAAUAACCCAGAGAUGCAUUUUAAAUAAAAGGACACAUUCUGCUCAUGUAAAAACAUGCUGAUUCCUGGACCGUCUGCAGGUCGGAUUUAGAAAGCAAUUGGGCCAGAUCCGGCCCCUGGGCCUUAGUUUGCCUACCCAUAAACUAGGUGGCUCUUUGGGUCCCUCCAAACUCGAUGAUUCUGUGAUCCCAUGAUCUGCGGGGGGUGAACGGCGUCCCCCUGAAAGCACCGUGGAUUCGUUUCCAGAGGUUAGGCUCCCCUUCGUUUAUUUAAGAGCUUUUCUAAACUGCUGAAUGUUCUAAAAGCCUCUAAACAGCAGGCUCGUUCACUGGAGGAAGAGGAAAACCCUUUCUAGCCUUCCAUCGUAAUUUGUUGUAUAUUAUUAUUAUUAAACUGGCUUUCACCCCAAGGUCUCAGGACCGUUUCCAGAGAUUAAAACUCAAUCUUAAAAACAGUUAGCUCACAGAAAUAAGUUGGGGCAUAAAAAUAUAUUUCUCAAGUGUCCAAAGAUAAGAGGUCUGUCUCCGGAAGCUGUAGAAUGAAAGUCUCAGGAUUUUUAAAAAUGAACAUUUAAUAUUAUUUGUAAACCAGCCGGUGAGAUUAAGGAUGAUUAAGAGGUAUUUAAAUCCUGCUAGGUAAAUGAAAUAUCGAAUGUUCUCCUUUUUUGUUACGACAACAAACACCUGGGGACUUAUUUCCCCUGUGAGCCAUAUACUCAGAGACUGAAGACUUUGGUGUUUUUAAGCGAGGCCAGGUGGGCAGGGUAUUAAUAAUAAAACUAUUAUUAUUAUUAGUGUUUUUCUUCUGGAAAAAGGGUGCCAGUACUGCGUAACCUUGAGCACCCCCAGAAAAAAGCACUGAUAUUUUUAUUGUUGUUGUUUAACAGUUUGACGAUUGAUCCGCAGGCUAAGUUUAGUUAUUUAUAUUUUGUAAACACUAUACGCCACUCAGUUGUAAAAAAAUUACAGCAUGCAGAAAAUUUAAACCCACACCAACUUCUGAAGCAUCUGGGUGGCUUAAGCAAGAAUGUUUUUAGCAGAUGCUGAAAUUCAGCUUGAGCUUGCUUUCAAACACGCCCCCCCAAAUCCCACUUCCCCAUCCCCGCUGGACUCUCCCUGGGCCCCCCCUCUCCCUUCUCGUCUGCCCCUUGCCCCCCAGGCUGCCCACCGAGGUGGAAUGGCGCUACACGGAGGAAGGAGAGAGGGUCCGCGUCUCCCUCCGGACCGGCAGGAUCAUCCCGAAGCCCUUGGAGCAGAGAGACGAUGGCAUCAUCCCAGAACAAUGGACAGGUGAGUGGCUCUUGCAUUUGGGAGUGGAGCUGGCAUGGAGUGGAUUUCUGUGGGGAAAAGGGAAUCUGUUCACCUGUUGCCUCAGGCGGACCCUGCCUUGGUUCUGAGCUGUCCUCUGUCAUGUGGACUAGGAACUUGGUUCUGGGUUUACAGAACCUGCACCAUAGCAUUAAAAAACACACCCAGUCUCCUAAUUUCCUGCACCCCGUUUUCUCUUCUCCUCCUUUCCCCCCUGCCUUGCUGCUGAAGACUGCCCCAAGGACACGUCUGUUGAGGACGCCCUGGAGAAGACCUACGUCCCUUCCUUGAAGACGUUCCAGGAGGAGAUCAUGGAGCUCAUGGGUAUUGUGGAGACACGCCGCUUCAGGAAGUCCUACUGGUAUUGA